AUGUCACCCGUCCAUUCCUUGAAACCAGGCAGUACAGCUUUGAUCACGGGCGGCGCCUCAGGAAUCGGAUUUAGUUUUGCGGAAAAAUGUGUAAAGGCGGGAUUGAAUGUUAUUUUGGUUGAUAAUAAUGCAGAUAAUUUGGGGGCUGCGCAGACGUGGUUGGGUGGGUUGCAUGGAGAGGGACAGCUGGCAGGGUUGAAUAUUGAUGUUGGAGUUGAGGAGGAGUGGGAAAGUGUUAAGGAUGUUGUGGAGGGGGAUUUUGAUGGGACCCUCCACAUCCUCUUCCUCAACGCAGGCUUUUCCACCCGCGGUUCCUUCGCCACCCCCUCUUCCUCCUCAUACUUCAGUAAAAUCCUCUCCGUAAACCUCUUCGGUGUCAUAAACGGCAUCAAUACUCUCCUCCCCUUCAUAACAUCCCACACCAACCCCUCCUCUAUCAUCAUCACCGGUUCCAAACAAGGAAUUACCAAUCCCCCUGGAAACCCUGCUUACAACGCCUCAAAAGCCGCUGUCAAAACGCUCGCCGAACAUCUAUCCUACGAUUUGCGCGAGAAGAAGAAUAUAGGUGUUCAUCUCCUCGUGCCAGGGUGGGCAUACACCGGCCUGACAGGGAGCGGCUCGCCUUUUAUCGUGAAUGCAGACAAGGUAGAGAAAGUGGGAUUGGAGAAGAAACCCAAGGGAGCAUGGUCCGCGGAUCAAGUGACGGAGUAUUUGCAAGAGAAGAUGGGAGAAGGGAAAUUCUAUAUUGUUUGUCCGGAUGGGGAUGUGAGUGAGGAGAUGGAUCGCAAGAGGAUGGCGUGGGCAGCGGGGGAUGUGGUAAAUGGGAGGUUACCGUUGAGUAGGUGGAGGGAGGAGUACAAGUCGGAAUUUGAGGAAUUUGUGAAGAAGGAUUUGUGA